AUGAGCGAAGACAACACUCGUCAAAAUGACGAAGCCAGUCUCAUGGAUGAAGGAUAUGAUAUUCAGAACGGCAAUUGCGCCAACCCGCGCCAGACAUGGAGAGUGGCCAUCAACUUGAAGAAUUUGAUUGACAAGGUGAUCCCCACUUGUUUUGAAGAGAAGGAGAUUACAACCACCCACUCGCCCAUCUUGAACAAACAAGUGGUGGAGUUGGUUUACCGUGCAGCUGGUGGUAAGGGUAAUGGAAAGCGUGGAACGUCAUCUUUCAAGUACCGUGCAUGCUUGGUGUUUGCUUUGUUGAAGGUGACGGGAUGGUAUUGGCAGCAGGCAGAGUACGAGCUCUCAGACAACCAGUUAUUCCAAUUGAGGGCAGUUGCUGCUCAAACUUUGGCGACAAUUAUCAUUGAGGAGACCAAGGAUGACGAGUACUUGUUUUUGGGCAUGCUUUGUCACAGAUACCAGAUGUACAUCAACGAGCAAGAAUCGGUGCCUGUCAGUGCAUUGGAAUUGGCCGUGGACAUGCACUCGACCAUUGUAAUCGGCUCCUCAGGUUACCAGAGAUGUAUCAAGUGGCUCUGGAGAGGAUGGAUUGUUCAGUCGUCGAAGGACCCACACUCGUAUUUGCUCUACGAAGGUGUGUCAUCUCCACGUAUCAGAACCCACUUUGAUCCAAACAGAAUCAAAACUCCUGCUUAUCAAAACAAGUUGGAGAUUUUUAUUUCCGUCAUUUACUUGAUUCUUUUCUCCAUCAUCUUAAACACAAACCUGGAAGAUACCACCAAGAUCUCCAUCUUUGAAACCUUCUUCUACCUCUUCACUUUGGGUGCUGUAUGCGAUGAAGUUGUCAAGCUUUACCAUGUGGGAAGAAACUAUUUGGGCUUCUGGAAUGUCUUUAACGACACCAUGUACUCGGUGAUCAUUGUUGCUAUCGGCUUCCGUUUUGCUUCCUUGAGCACCACUGGUGAAGAUAGAGAUCGCUGGGACGAAACCAGUUUCAGAAUCUUAUCGUGUGUCUCUCCUAUGAUGUGGUCCAGACUCUUGUUGUACUUGGAUGCCCAACAAUUCGUUGGUGUCAUGAUUGUGGUCGUUAAAACCAUGAUGAAGGAGUCCCUCAUUUUCUUCUUCUUAUUGGUGGUUGUUAUUCUGGGCUUUUUGCAAGGUUUCUUAGGUUUGGAUGCCUCUGAUGGUCGUAGUGAGGCAACAAAGCACAUUUUGAUUUCCUUGGUUAAGGCCGUCAUCGGAGCCUCUGGUUUUGCCGACGUCAAGAACUUGGUCCCUCCAUACGCAUCGGUGUUGUACUACAUGUACUCGUUUCUUCUCUCGGUCAUUUUGAUGAACAUCCUUAUUGCUUUGUACUCUACGGCUUAUGCUUCCAUUGUUGAGAAUGCCACCGAUGAGUACUUUGCUUUGGUUGCUCAGAAGACCUUGAGAUAUAUCCGUGCUCCGGAUACGGACUUGUAUGUUCCUCCUUUCAACUUGAUUGAGAUCUUGAUUUCUCCGCUUUACUACUUGACCAGCAAGAGAACUUUCAAGCAGAUUAACCGGUAUGUGAUGUUAGUAAUCUAUUCACCAAUGUUGACCUACAUUACCAUUGACGAGUUGGCUAAUGCAAGAAGAGUCCUGUACAACCGUUACAAGGGAGUGCCAGAUGAUGCCAACGAAAUCGAUACCGAAUGGGAUCUUACGGAUGGUUAUGACAUCGACAACAACUUAAGUGCGUGGGAAGGGAUUAGGGAGAGAAACAGCGAGUUGAAUGAGGCGGUGAGAGACCAAAGAAUUGCCGAAAAUGAAGACCCCGAGUUCCCAAUUGAUCUUCACAAAUUCGAUGAAGAUGUCGACAAAAUUGUUCAGCCUGUCAACAGGGCCAACGAGCUCGGUAUCAAAUGGGAGAUCUAUGAGCUCUACAGUAAAAUUGACCAGUUGACUACUUUGGUGAAAAAGGUGCUCGAGGAGAACCAGGAGCUCAAAGAAAAGGCAAAAGCUUAG